AUGGCGAAAGACAACCGCGUCGGAGAGAUCGAAGAAGAAGAAGAAGAGGCUGCGCCGCUGCUAUCGAAGAGCCCUGAACCCGAGGCGGCCCGAACCAUCAAGACAAAAGUGCCGGAGGCGGAGGUGCAAGUAUACAAGCAAGGGAAGAGUCCGAUUGACGUCAUUAAAAUGGCUGUGAGCGGGUGGGACCAGGACCAGCUGGAGGUCCGAGAAAUUCUGGAAAAGUACGGGUUCAAGUCGGUUUAUGCGUUAACACCCGGAUCGGGUCGGGGAGUGCCCAUCAGGUUUAAUCCGAGGAACGGCCGGUCAUUGCUCACUGACAGAGAUGGCGCCGUUGUUUAUCUUGACGGAGAGCCUAAGGACUCAUUGCUCCAGCCCAUUACCAAGAUAUUAUUAGGAGUAGCAGUAAUAACCGUAAUGAUUGUCUUGGUUAUGAAAGAGACUCCAAGCUGGGCAGAAAAGCUCAACUUCUCAGGUGGUCGUAUUCCACCUUGGGUUUUAGCUUGUGCAGUUAUUGUUUUCACUCGAUCGCGGAAGAGUUUUCUAGAAAAACACCUACAGUGA